GCAUGUGGUGGCUGAGGGAUAAUUGGCAUUGGAAAGACAUGAAGAAGAAAAAUUAUGCUUUAUAAAAAGUGUGCUUAGUUUCACUAAUUAGUAACCGAUGCUUCCUGAUUCUUUUCUCAGUUCGAGUUUUGUUAACAUUCCUUUCAUCCUUAUCUAGUUCUUUGAGGAUGGAUGUACACGUUUGCCUUCUUUGUGGAGGUUUUAUUCUAAAUCACAUAAUAUGGCAUUCAGCUCCAAAAUACAAAAUGUCUUUAGCUUAAAUGGCACCCCAAAAAACCUUGGUAUAUUCAAAAUACUCCCGCAUACGUUAGGGGUUCACCCCCCUUUGGUCAUUUAUGAAAAUUCUAGUGAAUUAUAAAGAGAGAGGUUAUAUUUCCUCAUUUAAUUUUGGUACUUUUUUGGGUUUUACACCAAAAUAAUCAGAUAUUUCUGAUUUAAAUAUCGUGAGCACUAGACAGUAAUGUUACUGGAACCAUGUUCUUCCAAGCUCUAUCCUAGGUGCUGGAAAAAGUAGGGCCAUGUUGCCAUUCCUCUUAUGGCUUUUUUUUAAUGGGAGUUUAUAAAACAAAAAUCCAAUAAUCCAGUUUGACCUUGAUAAAUACAAAAGUGAAGCAAUUAACAUUGAAAAGUCAGUUCUUGAUUUUUGAACUGUGAGGUACUCUCCUAUUAGCAGGUACGUUUACUCAAUCAUAGAAAUUAUUUGCUUGGAUUUGGAUAUUAUUAACAAAUAUAGACAUAAAGUAACUGUAUCUUUAAGAAAACUGUAUUAACACUUAAACUUUUCAGAGUCAGGAUUAGGAAUAAGUUAUUGUGGGUGUGUAAGAACCCCCCAGCCCUUCCUCCUAUGAGUCCCACACGACUGCCACACUCAACACUUCUGACACAUCUGGUCACCAACCGUGUGGGGUUUUUCCCCCACACCAAGCAGUUGUCCACCACGCCAGCUGGGUGUCCCACAGUUUGACUCAAUUCCGACACUGUCUACCUGGAGAGAGCGCCAGGUCCAACAGGUUAGGGGCUCAGUCCCACAAGACUGCUUCCUCCCCCUUCAGACGCCAGUUGCAGGUCCAGGUUGUCACCUGUGCGUCUGACCAACUGGCUAUAGGUCAGAGGUUCCAUGAUGUCCUCUUUGGGUUCCAUUGAUUUGCUAGAGUGACUCACAGCACUCAGAGAAACACGUUUACCAGUUUAUUAAAGGAUAUGGUGAAGGACACGGAUGAGCAGCCAGAUGAAGAGAUACACAGGGUGAGGUCCGGGGGGCCCUGAGUGCAGGAGCGUCUGUCCCUGUGAAUCUGGGGUGCGUCACCCUCCGUGUCUGGUUGUGCUCACCCCCCUGGAAGCUCUGAACCCCGUAUUAUUGGGAUUUUACGGGGCCUUCAUCGCAUGGGCCUGAGCCAUCAUUAACUCCAUUUUUAGUCCUUUUCGCCGAAGAGAAAGGGGGGUGGGGCUGAAAUUUCCAAGCUUCUGAUCUUGGCUUGGUCUUCCGGGUGACAGCCCCAUCCAGGAGCCCACCCAGAGUUGCCACUCUAGAACAAAAGACGCUCCUGUCACCCAGGAAAUUGCACGGGUUUCAUUCAGGAGCCCUGUGUCAGGACCUGAGGGCAGAGACCAACAUGUCUUUUCUGUUCUCUCAUCACAGGUCAAUGAGCAUUUAUGAAGCGUCCUUACACCUGCAGAAUUUCAAACCUGUAUGUUGACUUUCUGUUGCUUAGGCUCCAAGUCAGACAUUGAACAGAAGGGAACUGCGCUUCUGGGGUCGUUCUCCCCCGCAGCCCUGCACCUCCCUGCUCACUCCUUACAGGUUGUCUGCAGGUGAUGGAAGCAGAGAGGAUUGGGUUGUUUACAGAUGGGCCUCUCCGCACUGCCAUUUCCUGCUUCAGAGUUAGUCCCACAGUGAAGAAAGUAGAACAUGACUCCAGUAGAGAGUUUGAAAAUAAUACUUUCUCCGGGGAUUCAACAGUUUGGGCACCUGGUUUGCACAUUUCAGUUUUAUCUUCCAUUAACUCCUCUUUGUUGAGAACAGGCUGUCCACGUGAUGAGCACGAGGCCAUCUAGGCAGGAAGCGUGUGUGCAGGGAGAGAAGGAGGCAGCCCCUGGCUGGAGGGCCGCGCCGCCGCGCCGAGAGCACUCCCCUCCAGAGCCCACACCGCCCGCCUCUCUCCUCCCUCUCCAGGCUUCCUGCGUCCAGUACCGGUUAGUGGUCCGGGAUGCCAACACCCUCCAGAUCUGCCAGCUGUACACGUGCCUGGACCAGAUCCAGCACAUCGAGUGGUCGGCCGACUCGCUCUUCAUCCUGUGUGCCCUCUACAAGCGGGGGCUGGUGCAGGUGUGGUCUUUGGAGCAGCCAGAGUGGCACUGCAAAAUAGACGAGGGUUCGGCAGGGCUGGUGGCUUCCUGCUGGAGCCCCGAUGGGCGCCACAUCCUCAACACGACGGAAUUCCACCUGCGGAUAACUGUCUGGUCCUUGUGCACAAAGUCCGUGUCCUACAUCAAGUACCCUAAGGCUUGUCAGCAGGGAAUAACCUUUACCAGGGACGGCCGCUACCUGGCGCUGGCCGAGCGGCGGGACUGCAAAGACUACGUGAGCAUCUUGGUCUGCAGUGACUGGCAGCUCCUGCGGCACUUUGACACGGACACGCAGGACCUGGCCGGGAUCGAGUGGGCCCCCAACGGCUGCGUGCUGGCCGCCUGGGACUCCUGCCUGGAGUACAAGAUCCUGCUCUACUCCCUGGACGGCCGGCUGCUGUCUACAUUCUGUGCUUACGAGUGGUCCCUGGGCAUCAAGUCCGUGGCCUGGAGCCCCAGCAGUCAGUUCCUGGCAGUCGGGAGCUACGACGGAAAGGUGCGGAUUCUUAACCACGUGACAUGGAAAAUGAUCACAGAAUUCGGGCAUCCCGCGACCAUUAAUAAUCCCAAAAUAGUGGUGUACAAGGAGGCCGAGAAGAGCCCGCCACUGGUGCUGGGCCGCCUGGCCUUCCCUCCGCCCAGAGCAGCGGCUGGACCCCUGUCCUCCACGGAGAGCGAAUGGCGUCAGAGGAGCCACUGGGACGGCCACCAGGCCCUGCAGUGUCGCCUGGCCCGUCGCAGCUCCGGAAACACGGCCUCGCAGGGGAGGGCGCAAGGACAGGCCUUGUGCGCCGCAGCCAAGUUCCCACCGAGCCCUGUUUUCCACGAGGUUGCCUCGGUGCCGGUCUCCUUACAGACGCUGAAGCCUGCCGCCGACAGAGCCAACCCCAGGAUCGGCAUCGGGGCGCUGGCCUUCAGUCCCGACAACUGCUUCCUGGCGACGAGGAGUGACAGUGUCCCCACCGCCGUCUGGAUCUGGGACAUCCAGAAGCUGAGGCUGCUCGCGGUGCUGGAGCAGCUGUCCGCCGUGCGCUGCUUCCAGUGGGACCCGCGGCAGGCCCGGCUGGCCAUCUGCACAGGGGGCGGCAAGGUGUACCUGUGGUCGCCGGCAGGCUGCGUGUCGGUGCAGGUACCCGGGGAAGGCGACUUCCAGGUACUCUCCGUGUGCUGGCACCCGAGCGGGGACUCCCUGGCCCUCCUCAGCAAGGACCACUUCUGCCUGUGCUUCCUGGAGACGGAGCAGGGGGUCGGCACAGCCUUCGGGCAGAGGGGUGACCACACGUAGGACCCGUGCACGAUCAGGCCCACGUGGCUCAAGGUGGGAGACCUUGGCUUGUGUUGGCCGUGGGAAAGGAGCAGAGCUUCUUGGUGCUGCGUCUCCCACUGGGGUGGCCCGGAGGAAGCGCUUUGCUUCUGUUUUUCUACAGCAAGCCAUUUUUGUUAAUAUGUAUGGUAUGAAACUAAUUUUUGUUACUUAAAAUAAAUAUUUGCUAAUUCA